CGCCACGGGUAGCUAAGCUUCUGUCUCCUCGCAGCUGAAAGGCGGUGCCUCCUAAUAUCGCUUCGCUUCCCAGUCCGCUUUCUUGAUGGACGCUGAAUAACCCUUCCAACACACACCCCCUACCUAGAGGCAGGACUCUGAGGAGUAAGUACUCUUGCUCCACAGUGAAACUCAGUAGCAACUUUUAAGAAUAAUUUCUCCAUAGGGGGGCUGAGAAGAAUGCAGGCAGAGAGGGAAGUCCAAGUUCUUAGAAGCACCCAGGAAUCAUGGGUUCUGCAGUAGGGGACAGAAUACUCAAAGGCCCACACUUCCUGAAAUAAGCAGAAUGUUCCUUAAUCGAUUGCAACUGCUUUGGAAAUAGCUUUGGGAAAGGAAGUCUGGGAUCUACUCAUUGCUCCACCUGGGAGAAACGGAGAAGACUUCCAAUUUCUGUGUUUGGCAGAUUACCAUCCAGAAUGUUGAGAUUACCAGAGAAGUGACCCCAACACAAGGAAAACUGCUCUGCCUAAAUUCAAACGACACUCUGCGGUGCCGUAGCACAUGGAUUUCAGAACCGCCUGUGAGGAGACAAAGACAGGGGUUUGUUUGCUGCAGGAUGGUCAUCAAGAGCCUUUCAAAGUCCGGCUGCACCUAGCCAAAGAUAUUCUGAUGAUCCAGGAACAGGAUGUGAUAUGUGUGUCUGGUGAGCCUUUCUAUUCCGGUGAAAGAACAGUGACCAUCAGAAGGCAAGCAGUGGGAGGAUUUGGCUUGAGCAUCAAGGGAGGAGCAGAACAUAAUAUUCCAGUUGUCAUUUCAAAAAUUUCCAAGGAGCAAAGAGCGGAGCUUGCGGGACUACUUUUUAUUGGAGAUGCGAUUCUGCAGAUAAAUGGGAUUAAUGUGAGAAAAUGCAGACAUGAAGAAGUGGUUCAGGUUCUACGGAAUGCGGGAGAAGAAGUGACCCUAACAGUAUCAUUUUUAAAAAGAGCACCUGCUUUCCUCAAACUCCCGUUGAAUGAAGACUGUGCAUGUGCUCCAAGUGACCAGAGCAGUGGCACCUCCUCUCCUCUUUGUGACAGUGGCUUGCACCUCAACUAUCACCCCAAUAAUACAGACACGUUGUCAUGUUCCUCGUGGCCCACUUCGCCAGGCUCCAGAUGGGAGAAGCGGUGGUGUGACCUCAGGCUCAUUCCUCUGCUUCACUCUCGAUUCUCUCAGUAUGUGCCCGGAACGGACGUGAGCCGGCAGAAUGCCUUUCAAGUUACUGCAGUGGAUGGAGUCUGCAGUGGAAUUAUCCAGUGCCUCUCUACAGAAGAUUGUAUUGACUGGCUACAAGCAAUAGCAACUAAUAUUUCAAACCUCACAAAGCACAAUAUUAAAAAAAUUAACCGAAACUUUCCUGUGAACCAGCAGACAGUCUACAUGGGCUGGUGUGAACUAAGGGAACAAGACCCCCUUCAAGAUCGACUGUAUUCACCAACAUUUCUGGCCCUGAGGGGCUCCUGUCUUUACAAGUUUCUGGCACCUCCGGUGACCACCUGGGACUGGACCCGGGCAGAGAAAACAUUCUCAGUUUAUGAGAUUAUGUGCAAGAUUCUCAAGGACAGUGACCUGCUGGACCGGCGGAAACACUGCUUCACCGUGCAGUCUGAGUCUGGGGAGGAUCUCUACUUCUCUGUAGAGUUAGACUGUGACCUUGCCCAGUGGGAAAGAGCCUUCCAGACUGCCACCUUCCUAGAAGUGGAAAGGAUACAGUGCAAGACAUAUGCGUGUGUUCUAGAAAGUCAUCUAAUGGGACUCACCAUUGACUUUAGCACUGGAUUUAUCUGCUUUGAUGCUGCAACAAAGGCUGUACUUUGGAGGUAUAAGUUUUCUCAGCUGAAAGGUUCUUCAGAUGAUGGCAAGAGCAAAAUCAAAUUUUUGUUUCAGAAUGCAGACACUAAACAGAUUGAAGCAAAGGAGUUGGAAUUUUCUAAUCUGUUUGCUGUUCUUCACUGCAUUCAUUCAUUCUUUGCUGCCAAAGUGGCUUGUUUGGACCCUCUAUUUUUAGGCAGUCAGACGACUGCUUCUGCUGCUGCCAGCUCUGCCAGUACAAGCAAAGCGAAGUAUACAACUUGACAUUGGAGCUCUGCAGUGACAUUUACAAUGACUA